CACCCCGCCCGAAUUGAAAGCCGACCCAACGCCAACGGUGCAAAACCAAACGACACAUAAUCUUCUUCUGAUUCGUUCAUCUUCUUCGUCCUUCUCACUCAGUGAUUAGUGCGAUGAAUAUGUAAGCCAACUCUGCGGCUUCACUUCUCUCAGACCCAUAUUUGCAAAUUCCAAAAGCAAUGGGAGUCGGGGGUAAAUUCUGGGACUUGCUAAAACCCUACGCCCGAAACGAGGGUUUUGAUUUCUUAAGGAACAAGCGGGUUGCUGUGGACCUCUCCUUUUGGAUCGUACAGCACGAAGCCGCCAUCAAGGACCGCGCACGAAGUCCCCACCUCAGGCUCACCUUCUUCCGUACCAUCAAUCUCUUCUCCAAGUUUGGGGCAUUUCCGGUCUUUGUGCUUGACGGAACUCCAUCGCCUUUAAAGUCUCAGGCGAGGAUUGCAAGGUUCUUUCGUUCUUCUGGUAUUGAUUCAUCGAGUUUGCCAGUUGCUGAAAAUGGUGUUUCAGCUGAGAGGAAUAGCACAUUUACGAAGUAUAUUCAAGAAUGUGUGGAACUACUUGAACUUCUUGGGAUGCCUGUUUUAAAAGCAAAAGGAGAGGCUGAAGCAUUGUGUGCCCAGUUAAAUGGCGAUGGUCAUGUAGAUGCUUGCAUUACAUCUGACAGUGAUGCGUUCCUCUUUGGGGCAAAAUGUGUAAUAAAAACUUUUCGAUCUAAUUCCAAAGAACCAUUUGAAUGUUACUAUAUGUCAGAUAUCGAAGCUGGUCUUGGUUUGAAGAGGAACCACUUGAUUGCUCUCUCUCUUUUGGCUGGAAAUGACCAUGAUUUAAAUGGGGUUCAAGGCAUUGGGCUUGAUACAGCUCUUCGUUUUGCCCAAACAUUUAGUGAAGAUGAGAUAUUAAAUAGGUUAUGUGAAAUAGGCAAUGGUGAUGCUUCUCUCUUUCAAGGUGGUAUGAAAUCUGUGGAUGAUAGUGUACCCAGUUUGGAUGAGAGCCCAUCAAAGACAAAAUUUUCUCAUUGUUCUUUUUGUGGGCAUCCUGGCAGCAAACGAGCUCAUCUCAAGUCCUCCUGUGAAUUUUGUAGCAAUGCAGUUGGUGAGGGUUGCAUGAAAAGGUGAGGGUUCAAAUGCAGUUGCUCUUCCUGUGAUAUGGAUCGUAAAGAAAAGAAGCUGAAGAAGAAUGAGAAUUGGCGAUUGAAAGUUCUUAGCAAGAUUGCACUGGAGCCAAAUUUCCCCAAUGAUGAGAUUAUUGAAAUGUACUUGUGCAACAACCAUGGUUGCUUCAAUGAAAAUGGCGGUCCUAUCAUAUCGUGGGAAAGUCCAAAGACUGAGAUGCUGAUUGAGUUCUUGACUUAUCAUCAGCGGUGGGAACCAUCUUAUAUUCGCCAGAGGAUGCUGCCCAUGUUGUCAACCAUUGUUUUGAGGGAAAUGGCUAAAUAUCCUGUGAAAAAAUUGUUAUAUGGGCAGUAUGAGUUCAAUUCCAUAAAUCGCUUGAAAAUAAGAUAUGGGCACCAGUAUUAUGUGGUCAAGUGGAAAAAAACUGCACCUACAUCAUGUUGUGUCAGUUACCCAAUCCCUCUGGAGGAGUCGGAUAUACAGCAAGAUGAUGUUAUGGUGGUUGAUGAAUCCUUUAGUUCAUUGGAUGAGCCUGAUGUUCCUACAAUAGAUAUGAGUGGCGGGUGCUGCUUUUUGUUGACCGAUGAAAAUAUGGACCUCGUCCAUGCUGCUUUCCCGGAGGAAGUUGACAGAUUUUUGCUGGAGAAGGAACUGAAAGAAAUGAAAAGAAGAAAAGCAACCGGUGGAAACCCAGAAACAGCAGGAUCAAAAGGCGUUCAGCUAAAUAUCACAGAAUUCUUCCGGUCUGCUAAAAAACAAUAUGAGACGGAACAGGGAGAAGACCUAACGCAGAAUACUGAUAGUCAGAUAGCUGAAACCGGCAAAGAAAAGAGAAGUCCAUCGAGUUCAAAUCUUCCCAAGUCUGUGAGACGCCGUCUUUUGUUUGACUAAGGCAUUUUCAGAUUUGAGGCCCUUUGCUGCAGCUAUUUAGGAAUAUUAAUUUAAGAUGUCUAGUUAAGUGAGUCCUUCGAUCCCUCAUGAGCUCAGCAUGUGUAUUUUCCUUUUUGUAAAGAUUUAGGGUUUAGGUUAACAUAGGGUUUAAGGUUUUUGCAUCUUCAUUAAGUGAGCAAGGCAAGAUUUGUGGUGUGUUUAUUUGGAAUUUUGUAAAGCUACCUCACUUUGUUUUGCUAUGGUGCUAUCUCAAGUCCGAUGGUUUAUUAUCCUA